AAGACAUGCAUGUUCCACCAACUGAGCCAGCCAGGCACCCCUAAGGUUCUGUCUUGUCACACACGCUGCACGUGUGGUUUCUGAGUCCCUGCAGCCAUGAGGCUGCAUGCCUAGAGCCAGCACUGUGACUCACUGCGACUGGCAAUGGGAAGGGCUGACAGCAUGAGUGCGCAAGGAAGAAAAGAGGAACAGAAAGGAGAGAAGGAGAGGACAACAGUGUUGAUAAGAGGAUGCCAUUUUCCCAGCUUUCUUGUGGCAUUUACUCAGGCCCAUGUUUGCAGGCACAUGUGCUCCUUUUUCCAGAAGCCCUGCAAUAAAAGAGUGUGAAAGGCUGCUGAGAAGCUCACGAUCAAGUAUGAGGACAACCAGACCAUGGCUCACCAUCUGGAGGAUAAUGGCCUAUGAAGCUGGGAAGCAGGGACAUGCAAACUACACCUCUGUGAGCUGUCACAGCACUGAAGCCUCUUGGACGCCUGGACCAUGGACCCCGGGGAAUGCACCUGCAUGUCUGGAGGAAUCUGCAUCUGCGGAGACAAUUGCAAAUGUACAACUUGCAACUGUAAAACAUGCCGAAAAAGCUGCUGUCCUUGCUGCCCCCCGGGCUGUGCCAAGUGUGCCCGGGGCUGCAUCUGCAAAGGGGGCUCGGAUAAGUGCAGCUGCUGCCCCUGAAACGCAUCCGUUGUGCUGGGGGCCGAGGCCCGGGAGGCAUCUGUACAGUGCCUUAUUCGAGAAGUUGGAAUUAUUGUACUAUAUAGAUUAUGCUUUUUAUAUAUUUGCUCAGAUGCGGUGUUGGUGAGCUUCAUGUAAAGUGCUGAAAAAAUAAAGGUCUCACUCAUGGUUGUCUGGUGGCUCAGAGCACUGUUUUCUCCUAAUCCAGCAGGACCAAGAAGGGCUGGCACCAUUGCAUACGGGAAGAAAAUAUCUAGACAAAACCCCAUAGAAGUUGUAAGAAGGAUAGUUAUGUCUGGCUGCAGGCAGAAAAGAAGACUUCCUGGAGGAGGGGGUCAUCGAAGCACUGUUUGUUGAGCACCUGGGACGUGUUCUGCAAUCUGCUCGAAGAAACUUCAGAAUGUUCACCAUAAGGAGUAAUAGUAUAGUUCACCAUAAGGAACUCACAGACCAACACGUGUGGGACCCGCAAAGCUUGGAGGAACCAGCCAGCUCCACCCCUCACAUGAGGCCGCUUGGAGGCCCUUGGAGUAGCUCAUCUUUUGGGGGACGAAGAGUUUCCAGCCAACCUUUGGAAGUGAGGCUCCAGCUCUGAGAACAGAGGCUCACUCUGCAUGGGGGAUAUUUGGAGACGCUCAGCAAAACCAAAGUCUGAAAGCUCACCAGACCUGCCUUCUUUGGGAGGCAGCCUUGGGAUCACGUCUACAGAGGGAGGAAUGCAGGUCCUCAGGAGGCGUCUCCUGGAAGGAAGUGAAAGCUAGGGCGGGAGAGGUGGUAAGGACCCUUUGGGAGGGCUUAUGGGGGAAUGUUGAUUCUUGGGGAGGCACUGGGUGGUCUCCUCCCACCUCCACCUUUCCAACAUUUUACUGCAAAGAUCCUGGAAUUAAUUUCUCCUUUUCUUCCUCCCUCCCUCCCUUCCUCCCGGCAUUGGGUCCUUGAUCACUGGGGAGUCUGUCCCUCUCCCUGUGCCCCAGCUUGUGCACACUCUCUCUUUGUAUUUCAGAUAAAUAAAUAAAAGCUUAAGGAAUAAUAAAGCUCUGUCUCUAGAUAAGCCUUUUCCCUAGGAAGCCCGCUGCUACGUGAAAGGUGUUUGCACCACCAGCAGGUAAACUGAGGUAUCCCCGUGGGGGCAUUCACCAGGUGACUGACUGUCUGAAAUGCCACCAUUGGCAAUUCUUCUACUUCAGUACCCUUUGACCGGUUAUCUAAUGGUUUCCUUUGCUCCUCUGUUUCCUGGGGAUUAAGCGUGUUCAUUUGCUGAGCAAGGUGAGUGAGGCCCAAAGGAAGGAAGUGAUCUGCUUUGGGUCCAGCUUCUGGUAGCUGCGGCCUACGUCACUCCAAUCUCUGGCUCCUGUGGUCACACGGCCUCCUCCUCUUCCGUCUAUUCUCUGUGUGUCUUACAGGGACACUUGUCAUUGGAUUUAAGGCCCAAUUCAGGAUGAUCUCCUCUCAAGGUCCUUAGUUGAAAAAAAAAAAAAAAUCCUUAGUUGAAUGACAUCUACAAAGACCCUUUGUCCAAAUAAGGUAAUAGAGGUUCUGGGAUUUGACACGGAUCUCUUUUGGGGGCCAUUUCUUCAGCCUACCACAGGUACUAGGGACUUAACAAAAGGAAACGAUAAAUGGAGAGCUGCUUCCCUUGGAAGCUAGGACGCAGCCACCAAGUACCACCGCCCCAGAUCUCCCCCAAGUCACCCCAGGCCUGUCCUUCAGGCUUCGAAGAGCCCGGCACCCGCACCCCCCCAAAUCCAGUUUGCAAGGCCCUUCCAUUGUUGUUACGAUUCUUUUCCCAAUUCAUGAGGGAUGAGGGAAUGGAGUCCUGGAGCAGCAGGGUGUUCAGCACCCCAUUUGGAUGAGUCGCGCGCCCCAGAAUCUUAGAAUAAGAGGAGAUGAGAGGCAGGGAAGGGCUGGGGAACAUGCAAUGCGGCUUUCUGAGCCGGGAGGUGCGCGCUUUCUGCCGCGGACGGCUGCCGCGGCGUUCGCGUCCCCAUCGGUGCUCACAGCCACGCGCGCACGGACGAGCGGGGAGUGUCGCCCCUGUGCACGCAGUGGGAAGUGGCCCCCUGAGAGGAGUUGGGGAGCACGCGCGCGCACCCUGCAGUGCGCACGGCGUCAGGGUAGGGUGGGGUGGAGUGGGGUGGGGUGGGGCGGGGGAGAAAGGACCGCUGCCGCAGUGCGCGCCUCCGCCGAAGCCCGUGUGCCCAGAUGGAGAGAGGGGGCGCCAUGCGCGCGCGAACUCUGCUUGCGCGCCCCCGCCUGGGGCUAUAAAAGCCUCGCCACCUGCUGCCACUAGUGCGUCCAGUUGCCGGGAGAAGUCAGUUCACCUCCUCCAGCGGCAGCUCC